AUGUCACAAAAAUAUGUGCAUACCCUAUGGGCAAACACUCAACUUCAAUUAUCACGUUUACUUACAUCUGAAAUACAAGGUUCAAAAAGUUUCGAUAGUAAACGAAACGCUAACGACUAUGUACGACAAAUUUUUAUUCAAUACAAUGAUUCUAUGAAAAAACUUGAUGAAAUCUAUCAAACAUUAAUUCAUCCACAAAAACGUUUGAUAAUACGUACUUUACUAGAUGGUAUUGUUGGACGAUUAGUUGAGUUAAAACAAGAAAUGAUUAAAUUUGAUUGCUGUGAAUAUACAUAUUUUGAAGAUUUAGCACUCGAUCAAAAUAAAACAUUAGAUAAUUUGCGUAUUGAAAUUCCUUCGUGUUUUGCUGAAGAUCGUUUUAAAUCAAUAGAACAACGUAAUCAUAAAAUACGAACGAUCCUUAGUCGUUUAGAUGAAUCAAAGCAUGUUCUCUCCAUGAAAUCUUCGUUUGAUUCUUUCCUAACAUCAAAAAAUGAUCAAAUUCGCAUAAUUCCAUUAGCUGCUGUCAUUCACAUUCUUCAAGCACAUGAGCGUGCUCGACAAGGUCGCGUACAUGCAUAUUUCAUGCGUCAAAUGAAAAAUGAAUUAAAAACAAAAGAAAUGAAGUCAAUUAGUGAUAAUAAUCUUGAAGAUAGUUGUGUUAUUAUUCAGACAAUUUGGAGACAACAAUACGCAGAAAAAUUAUUCAAUAGAAAAAAGAUUGAAAAAGCAGAAUUGUUAAACAUGAUUCUACCUCGAAGAAAACUAUUCGCUGAGAGUUAUAUCGAUGAUAGAGAUAAGAAGAUGCGUGAUUUACAAUUGCAGCAUCAUCAAGAAUUUGAUGGAGCAUCAAAUUAUAUCAAACAAAAACUUCAUCAAUAUGAAGAAACGGAAGUCAAAUCGCGCAUGAAAAAUGUCAUGUUUCAAUGGUUAUUGGAAUCACGUCAACUUUAUGGUCAGUUUCCUAUUUAUCCAUCGAAUGAAGUCAAUGGUUCAACGAUACUUUUCAAAGAAAUGACAAUAGCUGAAGUUCAAGAAUUUGUUGACAAGCAAGCUCAAGCAUUGAAAAAUAAGAAAAUAAAACGGAAAGAAGUAAAACAAAUAGCAAAGAAAGCAAGAAAGAAGAAGCCAAUAAAACAAAAGGCAAUCAUGAAUGAAUUAGAACCCUCGAAAUUUAUUCCUUCUAUAAAUAACCAAAUGAAUAUUUAUAAAGAAUUGUUUUAUCAACGAGAUGAAUCACAUAAUAAAGAUCAACAGUAUGAUACAUUAUUAGCUAUGGACCAUUUUCGAUCGGAAGUCGAAUAUGAAAUACGACGUGAUGUGGAUAAUAUUCUUCGUAAUGAAUUAAUCUAUCUGAAAUUAUCUAUUGAUAAUGUUAAAGAUAAGCAAAUCAAAAAAUCAAAAAAGAAAAAAAAGAAGAGAAGAAGAAGAAAUAAAAAAACUAAAGAUAUUGUUGCUAAUAGAACAAACGAUUCAAUAUUUGAAGAACUUGUUGAAGCAGGUAUUAUUCUACCUACGAAACCUGUUCAUCAACGAGAUUUUAUUGGUGAUUAUCAAUAUCUAAGUGAAAGUAUGCGUUGUAAUGAAAAAGAACCAAUGCCAUCUUUACUCGAUUGCCAACAGCUUGUCAUUCUACAGAUUAUUUUCCCUCUUUGUUCAGAAAAUAUUCACCUCAAUCUACCAAUACGUAAAGCUGUGUUACUGGCUGGACCACGUGGUAGUGGCAAAGAAUUACUUGUACAUAUUGCAUGCAAUCAAUUAGGUGGUCUUCUCGUAGACCUAUCGCCAGCAAAUGUUGCUAAAUCCUUUAAUAGUGCGAGUGGCCUGAAAGUGCUUUUUGCGAUGGUUAAACAGCUUGCUUUAAUGAUGCCUCCCGUUCUUUGUAUGAUACGUGAUAUGGAAGUCAUUUUUUCAAAAAAGCUAACUACACAGGAAAAAGCAAUUGAACCCAGUCGAUACAAACGUGCAGUACGUAAAUUUAUUAAAAGUAUAAAACCAGGCCAACGAAUUAUGCUUGUUGGUUUAUCAUCUCAACCAUACCGAGCUCGAAUAAAACAAUUUCUACAAAUCUAUCAACAUAUUAUUCUAUUUCCACGACCAAAUUAUGGAUCAAGACGCAAAAUUUUUUAUGAGACUUUAAUUGAAAAAUGUAAUAUGAAUAUUAAUGAUGUUGAAUUGAGUAGGCUCGCAUCGUUAUCCGAUGGCUAUACAGCCGGGCAAAUUCUUGAAGCAAUUGAUAAAGUGAUUAAAAUCAAACAAGAAACCAAAUAUUCAAAUAUGACCUGUACCGCUGAUGAUUUUAUUACUGUACUCGGUACAAAAGUUCCUGUUUUUGUUGAUGAAGAAAAUAAAAUUAAAAAUUGGUAUGCUAAAACUGCAAAUGGUAUCAAACGUUUACAUGAAUUAGUUCAAACAUCGUCAUCAACAUCAAAGAAAACGUCAUUAAAACAAACACGUUAA